UGGAUAUCUUGGGUUCUGCCCUGAAGAAGAGCAACUGCUGCCAUGGAAGAAUAUCAGCCCUACGAUGAUGAAAUUGGUUUCAAUGCUGAUGAAGCACACAAUAUUGGACAGUUUGGAUUAUAAGCAGAAUAAUGUCAACCAGUGGACUGCAUUUAGAGUGAAACAAUCCUUAACACAUUUGUUAAAGUUAGGGAAGACAUAUCAACCUAUUGUUACUUGUUCAGUGAUGCAGCGGAAUGGAUCUCAUUUGUAUACAGCCGGCUCAUGUUUUGGGGAUACCACCUCUGAUGGGACCUGUACUGUAAGAUGGUAAAAUCAAACUAUGAAUUGCAUCAUCAAUUUUUUUGCCACGGCUACCAUCCUGUAGCUAAAUGGAAAUAUUAUA